AUGAGCAGCGACCCGGACAUUCGGAAUAAUAUUCGUCGCGUGACUCUUUUCGAACACCCAGGCGUCCCGGAAGGUUUCGAUUUCAACGAGCGGCAGCCAUGGUUCAAAGAGGUCAGGGCGCGUGUUGUUGAAUUCCUCGGUGCUCCGAACAUGAUCAACACGCGCCAUCAGCACAUUGCGGGCAGCAUCUACAGAGUAAAAAAAGAUCAUUGUUUGAAGGUUGAUGGCGUGCACGCGUUGAGGUGCGUCUUGGGGACUGCAAGCGGGGUUUUCGGAAUUCACUUAUGCACGAUUGUAGCCUGGGGUUUGGCCCAACUCAAGCGUGCUCAUCACUGGGGCGGCAUUUCGAACGACGAGAAACUCUGGAUCGAGCAGCUGGCCCAUUAUGAGAAACUCACCGAUAUGGGGCACAAGGCCUGGUCAGAGAAAUCGUACCUUCAAUGGGUGAUGCACGCGAGCCGGCUUCAGUACUGGAACCGCACUGUCGGCAAAACCUUUACGCACAAGACGAGGUCCCUGCCAGACAUGAUCCAGCUCUACUACGAGGUUGAGAGUCUCUGGACACUUGCAAGAUGGUUCAUCUCCCUGAGCAGCCUUUCGCGCUCCUUCAUCGGGCUCACGGACGAAUUGGCGUGGACCGCGCAGCAGCACAACAUGGAGGGGUUCUGGAGGAGUUUCAAGCCUGGCAAGGACCUGCCGAGCCCGCAGGACUACCUGAUCGUCAGAAGUUGGCCAUGCGGCGUGGGAUCUGCUGCCUGGAACCUCUUGAUGACCUGUGGGCGCGGCCUGGUUCCCUGUCACCCUGCGGCCCCCGGCAUCCAGUAUCUGUUCACCCUGAACGACUCGUUCAAAGUCAAUCUGAAUGUUGAGGGGCCCAAUGAGCUUGCCGAGGAGACGCCCCUCCUCCCACCUAACUGGGAUCCAACGGACAUUGACUAG